CAAUUAGAGUCAGUAGGAAAAGGUGGAAAUGAAACCGCUUUACAACUUUCCGCAUUAAAUAACAAAAUAAUUGAACUUGAAAAUGAAGUAUCUAGUCUAAAACAACAAUCUACAACAAACACAACAGAAAUGGAAAAAGAAAUUUCAAAAUUAUUGGAAAUUAAUGAUAAAUUAGGAAAAGAAGUUCAAAAAAAUGAAAUCAAGAAUACCGUAAAGCGCAAUUCAAUGCCAACUCAAGAAUCGGAACCAACCUCCCCUACACGUCCAAGAACCACAAGCCUUGACGGUUCAUUACAAACAAAACUGUUGCAACAAGAAAAUGCUAUUAUGGAACAAGAAAAUCUUAUUAAAAUUCUUAGAGAGAAAAUAUUUGAACUUGAAACUCGCACAGAUGAUGAUUCAUCAUAUGAUGCAUCUUCAAACAGUGGAAUGCUUGAUCUUGACGCUGUCGGUGCCGUUGGUGGUUUCCGCAGAUCGGCAUCAAAUCUUUCAGAAACUGCGAAGAAAAAGAAUAAAAAAUCAAACGUUGCUUCAGUUGCGAAUUAUCCAAUGACUCCUCCACCAACACCGCCACCAUCUCAUUCUUUAUCAUCGUUACUAAUGGCAAAUUCACCAACAAGUCCAGGUUCAAGGUCACCCACACAUGGAUUUGGCGCACUUAGUCCACCUCCAAGAAAUUUUAACUCGCCUACACCUGGCUUUGACAUUAAUAAUGCUCAGCCGGCAGAACUUGUGCAAGAGAUUCAAAAAUUACAUAGAAAAAUUGUCAAGAUAGAAGGUGAUAAUAUCGAAAACAGCGAUCACAUCGGAAAUCUAGAGAGUUCAUUGAAGGAAAAUGAAACAAAUCUACGCGUUGCAAAACAACAAUUGCAAAUAUUGCAGCGCGAAAAGACAGAUCUUUUAGAUCAAAUAAAGAAAUUGAGAUCACAACUGGAUGAGGCCACCGCAUUAUUUGAAAAUGCGAAAUCAUCUGUACAAGAAGAAAAGAAAGUUAUAGAAAAUGUAUUGGAAGAAGAAAGAAGAGCAAAAGAAAACGCUGAAAAAGCGAGACGGCAGCUUGAAAACCAAAUGGAAGAACUUAUGGCUAAGAGAAGCAAAUUCAUGUGCUUCUGAAAUUAUUAUAUUCUUUAUUAUAAUUUUAUUUUUUUUUUUUAAAAAAAAAAGAAAA